CUUUUGAAAAACCCUAAUCUCUUGCUAAGCAGGAAAAAAAAAAAAAAAAAACCCCCAAAAUUAGCACUGUUUUCUUCCCCCUCUCUCACGCGCGGCUACUCUUUGAAACGCUGAAACAUUGGCGACGGCGACGGCGACGGCGUUGGCGUUCAUCUCUGCACGGACGGGCGGCAGCUCCUGUAAUAUUCCUUCUUUUUGAAAUCCUCAUCGACGGCCACGAUUUCUGAAAUAUCUCUCUGUGAUGUCAUAGAUGCACAACAAGCUUAAAGAAGGCAAUCAUGGUGAUGACUCAGUAUGGCAUCAAAUAUGCUGUUCACAUUAUCACUGCACACUUCGGAAAUCUCGUCGCUAAAGUGUGCGAAACCCUGCUCCGAAGGGGACCUCUGACGUUGAGACUUCUUAUACGAUUCACAGAACUUACCUCAUCACAGGUCAACAACUCUCUUCUUAUUCUCAUCCAACAUAAUUGCGUCCAAGCCUUCACUGCAGUGACAGAAGGUGAGUUUGGAGAUGCACCCAAGGCUGAUACACAAUACUUGGCUUUGUUUAGUAAUGUACUUCAUCGUAUGAGAUUUUCCAAAUUCCUGGCUAUUGCUUCGGAAAAGCUCAGGAAAGAUAAAGAUUGUGAAGAACUUCUCGAGGGUCUGCUGCAGAAUGGUAGGCUUUCAAUGGAACAAAUGGUUGAAAGAGCACAGUCAAGUAAACAUGCAGGAAACCGUCCAAUUCCAGAUAUUGUACAUGACAGUCUAUUUAAACUAUUAAAUGCCCAUUUUGUUGAACGUUGUCCGGCCCCUGAACCAAGUCUUUCACCCAAAGUUGAGGAACAGCCUCCUCCUAAAAAAAGAGGUGCUAAGGCUGCCAAGAUAUCUGAGGUGCCAGAGACCUUAGAACAACGUGUUGUAGAAUCAGCACGUCCAAUGGAAGUUCUAAGAUUUUCAAUGGGUGAUACCAACACAGAGGCUGAAAAGAGUGAACAUUAUUCACAAAUUUCUGGACAGAAGCGCAAGCACGAUGAUCUGGAGAUGGUACAAGAUUCUGGAGAUGCAGAUAGUGUUAUUCUUUGGCGUGCCAACUUUGAUGAGUUUAUAAGAUGUCUUAGACAUAAGGCUUGCAUUGAACAUGUCAGAUCACAGUUUGAUGACGGAGUGGUAAAUGUCUUGAGUGCCAUUUUGGAGGCUACUCGAAGUUCUGAAAAAAUCGUGAAAACAGAGAUAACAGUUCCUUUAUCAUUGGAUAACAUUUACGAGGAGGUAAUGAAGAAUGAAGUCGGACGGAGUAUGACCUUAGAUCGGGUUGAAGCUUCCCUCUCCUCAUUGGGUUGUCCGGGGAUGGAUGAUUAUCAAAUUAAUUUAAGGAAGAUCAUCGAACAAGCUCAAAUUGAUGAGGUUGAAUCCAUUGUUUUGAAAAGAUACGGAAGGGAUGCUUACAGAAUGUUCAGAUUUCUGUCAAAAACUGGUGGCUUGGUUGAGACAGAAAAGAUUUCCGAUAGUUCAUUUGUUGAUAAGAAUGAGGCGCCUAAAAUCUUAUAUAGGUUGUGGAAGGACGAGUACCUAUACAUGGAGAAAGUAGCUCUAACAGUACCUAGACACUCCUUAUGCUUGUUGUGGAGAGUAGACAGAUAUAAUUUGUGGGAACAUGUUCUGGAUGAGAUGUAUCAUGCUUCAUUGAACUUGCAGUUACGACAGGCUUACGAGAUGGAAGAAAACAAAGAGCUUCUGAGUCUUCCACCAGAUAAUCGCAACGAGCCACUCAUGAAAAGAUUUGAUCGUUUGAAGAAAGUCAGAGGACUCCUGCAGUCGUCACUGCUGAAGCUCGACGACGCGCUAAUGCUUUUCCAUGACUUCUAAAUGAAGAAUUCAGAUUAGUGGCUCAUUGAGGAGUGUGAAUGGAGGAAGCUUCUGUUGUGGUUAGCAGUGUUGUCUUCCUUUAAGGAAUUUCAUUGUCCUUAUAAAUGUAGUUUGAUUGAGGAUAAUUAUGGAGUAUGGUUAUGGCUUUUCCUAGUGUACUUUUUAAUUAUUGUUAUAUUUUAGGUACCACAUCAUUUGAGGCUUUUCUAUCACAAUAGAACUUAGGUUUUAGUUUUUGGGAUUUACUUGGAGGUAUUUUUUCCGCAUAAUGGUUUGUACAUUUGAUAUUUUCUAUUUGAAUGGAAAGAAAAUU